UUCUGCUCUCUAGUAAAAUGGUCGACAAAGUUGAAAAGAUCUCCUCUGCCAACGUACAUUCUUGGGCCUCAUCAACCUCAUACUAAGGAAUACUUUCCAAACAUGAAAGGCUGUGAACUUGCUGAAAAUAUUAUUUAUUUAGGUCCAAGUGGCAUCUAUCCUUGCAGCAGUGGGCUCAGAAUCAUGUAUCUUAGUGGAAGAGAAACUGGUCAGAAGAAAAAUUACUUCAAUUUUGUUUAUGAGGAUAUUCAAGCUCUUGAAACUCAGGCUACUAAUAAACCAACCACUGAUAUUCUUAUAUCAGGACAAUGGCCUAGUGCUGUUUGCAACUUUGCUAGGAAGCCUGAGGGAUAUGAUCCUGAAGCAGAUGGUUCCAUUAUGGUAUCAAGAUUGGCGUACAAGGUACAACCCCGUUACCACUUUGCUGGCUUGGGAGGAACUCAUUAUGAAAGGUUGCCAUACAGGAAUCACAAAGUACUGAAUGAGCCUACUCGCCAUGUUACCCGCUUCAUAGGUUUGGCAAAGGUGGGAAAUCCAGAAAAACAAAAGUGGUUGUAUGCCUUCAAUAUUACCCCAAUGGUUCAUUGUGAUCCGAGUGAAUUAAACAAGCAGCCUCCUGAUGUAACUGAAUGUCCAUAUUCAGAGGGCAGUGUUCCCCAACAGAAAGUCAGGUAGCUUGCAAAAAGCAGUGGAGCCCAGUUCUUUUAUGACAUGAAUGCCAAAUUUGAUGAUGAUGAUGAGAAGGAAAGGAAAGGAGACAGUGACAUGGGGGGUGAGAGAAAGAGGGUACCACCUAAACCAACUGGUCCAUGUUGGUUUUGUUUAGCAAGUCCUGAAGUUGAGAAGCAUCUGGUUGUGAGUGUUGGUAAUCAUUCUUACGUUGCAUUAGCCAAAGGGGGUCUUGUUGCCCAGCACCUUUUGAUUCUUCCCAUUGCACACUUUCAGAGUACAUCAGAUCUUGAUGAUGAUUGUAGAGAAGAAAUAGAAAAAUUCAAGUCAGCUCUUAAACGCAUGUUCAAAAAACAUGGAAGUGCUGUGGUUUUCUUUGAAAGGAAUUACCGGUCACAACAUCUCCAAGUACAAGUAAUUCCUGUACCCAUGAACACUGUUGAUUGCAUCUUCGAAAUUUUUAUGAAUAGUGGUGCAAGUUUUGAUUUAGAACUGGAUGAAAUUCCCAAGUUGUCUGACAUCUCUCAAGUGGCUCCACCUGGCACGCCAUUCUUUUAUGCUGAACUACCAACAGGGGUAAAGCUGUAUCACAGAGUGAAGAAAAAUUUUCCACUUCAGUUUGGAAGAGAAGUUUUGGCGAGUGCUUCCAUAUUGAAUGUACCUGAGAGAGUGGACUGGAGAGAAUGCAAGAUGUCCAAGGAAGAAGAAACUGAUCAGCGUAACAAAUUGAGAUCUCUGUUUCAGCCAUACGACUUUACACUUGAGGAUGAUGAUGAUGAUGAUGAUUAACUUCUCUGAUGAAAUAUGUAAUAUCAGUUUCAGUCGGAUUGCAAGAUAUCUGGACACUUUUACUACGGAUAAUAUAUGAUGUGUAUGGUGCAUUAUAUAAGAUUUAUACAUUUUUUUAUUUUCCAAAGCUGCCUUUUUACAAUUUGGAUAGUUAUCCAACAAAUUAUUCAUGUAAAGAAAAAGUUAAAAUUUUGAAAUUGUUUACUAGUUGUGAAUUGUCAAGUUUUUCUUAACACAACAAAUUGUCUUGCAUUUACUAUAAGGCAGUCCCCGGUUAUUAGUGUGGGUUCUGUUCUCGACAGGGUGCUGACAAGCGAAAACUGCCAUUAACUGAAACUUAUUGAUUUUUGGCGCUUAUGGUGACGAGUUUCAGUUAACAGCGCCAAUAACUGGUUAAUGACACCUGUUAGGUAUGUUAUGAUACCAUAACUGUAUUAUUAGCACCUUAUGGCACUGAUAACCGAAACUCGGCAUGUUAUGGAACCUUAAAUCACCGAUUUUAUAAAGCGCCAUAAAACUGGGUUGCCAUUAACAGAGUCCGCUGAUAACCAGGGACUGCCUGUAUACCAUUCUUUGGUAACCUAUUUUAUUCAGUAAGCUUUAUAUCAUAUCUUCCAUAUGAUUGAUAUUUUUCUUUUUUUUGGAAAUAUUUUUUUCCUCUUUUUGUUUCCUCUUAAUUCUUUCAACUGGAUCUAAGUAAGGUUUUGAAAGGUAAUUUGUAAUCUUCAUUCUUUACAUUAUAAUUAUAUAAGUAGGUACUGAUGUCAGAAAUUUCAUGAAAUCAAGUUCUUUUUAGUAGAAUUUUAGUUGUAUAUAAAAAAGUUGUCCUCAUUUUCUAUGUUUAUCACAGAUCCAAAUUUCCCUCCACAUUGAAAAGUAGGCUUGUGUGGCUGUUAUAUUGAACAGUGGUUUACCUCCCAUUCUAUUUCUCACUCAUGGUGUUCUUUAAGCAUGUAAUGCAGUCAUACCAGCAAAUUUCUGCACCUAUUUUAGUCUGGACAACUUUAUUUUCUCGCAACGGUUAUUGGUUGUUGGUUAGCUGAAUUUGCAUUUGCACAUGUUAUUUCAUUUUAAAAAUCUCCCAUAAAACUUUACAAGUCAUAAAUUUCAUAAGAAUAAAUAAAUAUCCCUGAACAUGCAUGUAUUAUAGCGAAUGCAAAGAUUACAAGACAGAGGCAGAACCUUGGAAAUAUAAAAACUUUCCAAAUCAUCCAUGCAGAGAGGGAGAGAGAUAUCAAAGGAUAGUUUUCAAAUGAGAUUAGACUAGAAAGUUUGGAAAUUAAACAAAAUAUUAUUGUAUUUAAGAGAAAAUAUUAGUGUAUUUAAACUACUAAAAGUUUUACACUUUGCUAUGAAAAUGACUUUUAGUUCCAACCUCAGUAUUAUUGAAAGAAUUCCUUGCAAAGAGAGUUACCAACAAGGUUUUUACUUAAUUGCAGGAAUAUUAUUUUAAAAUAAAUUUGAUUUGAUGUCCUUUUUAUAUUUAGAACAUAACAUAGAUAUAUAAUGUUAUAUUAAAGUAUGAUUACUAUAAGUAAUAUUGGAAUUGCAAAUUGUUGCAACUACAGAACAUCUGUAAUUGUGUACUGCAAUAUCAUGUGUUAUACGUAUAUGUACACAAUCAUUUAUCCAAAAUCCUUGAGGUCAGAUGUGUUUUGGUUUUUGGAAUUUUUUUUAUUUCGGAACUGUGGGGUCAGGAGCAUAAUCAAACAUCACUACUGCAGCAAAAACAUAUAUUUAAAAAAUUAUUUCAUGUUUUUUCAUUAGUAUAGUUAUUUAUUCAUUAUAGUUUAUUAUUAUUUAUAAACAUAUUUAUGUACUGUUAAAUGAAUGUGACGUAAUUAAGGUCAUCAGUAAUAAAAUAGUGGGACAAUUAAGACCAUAUAUUUACUGACAUUAUUUUCAACAAAAAAUUUUUGUAAAUGCAAAAAUACACAUAGUACAUUCAUCAAAAUAAUUGUAAAUCAACUUGUGAAUUUUAAUGAGAAGUAAGACUAUAAAAUACAUUUCAUCAUAUUGAUCUUGGAAAGAGUCAUUUUUCGUUGUACACACAUGGUCAUCAGCUUGCAGUUGUACAUUUGAGGAUGGUCCGUGAACAGGAUUUGCAAGUGAUGAUGGAUUACUACGACACACUGUGGGAUUUUUCAUACCAUUAUAUUAAAGUUAAAAUUAUUGUUAAAUUCUUGUUUUCACAAAGAAAUAGUUAUAUAAAGCAGGUUAUUGAGUAAUUUUUUGUCAUCAGCAGUCAAAUAAUCAUAAUCAUGACAAUGUUCAAAGUUGGUGCCUUCCACAACUUACGUCUAUAAAUAGAACAGAAGUACAGGGCUGUCAUUGGCUAACAGAUCUCCAUGACAGCCAGCCAGUCAAUCAGGGUUAGCUGUGUUCUGUCUUGGAAAGAACGUUUUGCUCACAUGAAGCUGACGGUGAUGUAAGGGUGAGUGUUUUGAAUACAUUACGUACAAAGUUUUUAAUAGUGUUGUAUUUUACUGAUUGCAUGAAGGAUAGAAGGGACUCCUUCUCAUUACUUUAAGUGCAAAAUUGGUGGUUCAGAGAUUCUUCAGCAACAGAACUUUUUUUGCAUCAGAGGAUAAUUACAAACACUGCGUUGACAUUCCUUUAAAACGGAAUUCAUCUCUAAUCUCUCGAGGAAUGUUAAUCCAUUUCUGUUUAUCUGCUGGUCACAUCCUUCAUAGUUUAUGUGACUGACAACAACAAAAUCUGUUUGUUUGUUUUUAUCUUUCGAAGAGAUAUUACCUGUACUGCACAUUUUUAAAAACAUUAUAAACACACAUACACACACACGCACUGCUAAUACCUACUGGUUAAAGACUCAAAUUAGCAGUAUUUUUUCCUGAGAGAGAGAGAGAGGGAGUGAGAAUGAUAGACAGACAUACAGAGUUCAUCUCUUUAAUCGCUCAAGGAAUAUUAAUCCACUACUGGUCACAACCAUUAUAAGUCCACGCGAAUGACAACUACAAAAUUUGUUUGUUUGUUGUCUACCAAAGAUGUAAUACAUAUUACUUGUAGUACACAUUAUUUAGGACUAAAGUUUAGCGCACAUGUACAAUUAUUUUAUUAUCUAGGGAUUUUUUAUUCAUCUUGGGGUUUUCUUAGUUCAAUUCUUGGGAUUUAGUGAGAAAAAUAAUUUGAGUAGCAUCACACCCAAAUGAUUCAAGUCAGCCAUUAGCACGCCAAGCCACCAACCUAUGAAUCAACGCUAUACUCUCCACAAAAUGUUUUUGGUUUUUAGAGCUUUCCGGUUUUUAGAAUUUCGGAUAAAGGGUUGUGUACCUGUAAUAUUUUAUUAUAUUUUUUAUUGUUGAUGCAAAAUUUACAGAAAAGAUUAGAUAAAAAAGGAGAAACAAUCUUGUACAUGUAGGAGAAACUACUAUUAAGUUCUGUCUCUACUCUUCAUCAAUAUCCAAUCAGUUAAAGAUAUACUCUUGAUAACACCAGAUUAUCAGAAUUAACAGUUAUAUCAAGUUUUAUUAAUCUAUUUAUUAAAUUUGAUUUAGGGUAAGGAAUAUAGAUAUCCACUGUAUUUGAGAAAUUAUUCUUGGUAUUUGGGGUAUAAUACCUGACAAAUGAUUGGUAAUAUGCAUAGUUGAUUGCUUUGAUUUGGUAGGUGUGCUGCAUACAGUGCAUUGAAGUAGCACAACUUUGGCUGCUGGAGCAUGUUAAUUUUUAUACUUCUUUCAGUUAAUUUAUCUUAAAGUGCAGUACUUUUUCCAGUGUCAUAGAAUUCAGUAUUAAAUAAGCUUUUCUGAAGUUGCCAUAGGUUAAAAUCUUGAACAGGUUUUGAAAAUCCUUAUACAGUGUAAACUACCCGUAUGUUUUAUGUCAGAAAUUUCAUUGGCCAACAGUGUUUCAGUGCUUGCAAAUUGAUGGGGCUACUCUUGGUACAGCAUUUUGGUUAAAUGUAUUGAAUGCAGGUUCAUGCAGCAUUUUUAUUUUUUUCACACAAAGGAAAACUAGAUACCAUUGUCAGAAUUACUAGAAAUAUGGAAUAACAUUGGUUGCACUUGGUUAAAAACACACAGCGUGAACAUGACAUCUUAAAAAAAGAAAGAAUAAAGGUUAAAAUCCACAUGAUAUACUAGGUGUUACAAAUAAGAAAAAACAUUAAUCUUCAAAACCUAAAAAUUGUUUGCUUGUUGGUACCAAGUAUGAAAAACUCAAGUGUGAAUUUAAAAAAAAAAACUAUUAAGUAUAGAAAAAGCAAUACAUUACAAAAUUUCAAAUUUUAUUACAAUAUGUAUUCUUGCUGUAGCAUUACCAGUAAACCCUUCUAACAUGAUGCAAUUUUACUUCAGUCUACCACCUAUGUCCCCUAAAGUCAAAGUCAUCCGAGAAGAGUAUUACAGACAGCCCGAGGUUAAUGGCGCAAUCGCUAAGCGGCGAAUCGGUUUUACGUCUGUCGUUAAAAAUAUUCAUUAAAAAAGAUAAGGCAUUUUAAGGUAUUUUUACUCCACAAUUUUCGGUUAACAGCGCCGCUAGCGCCGUUGUCUAACGAGUUCAUACAUUUGUAGAAAUGCAGUUCAGACCAUAAACGUUAUGCAAAUGAUAAAAUAUGCAUCUGACGCUGUUCUAUGCUGAAAAUAUCGAGUUACAGAAGUGCAAAUUUAGCUAUGGAUUAGUCUAUUUAAAAAUGUUCAUGCUUUUAUGUUUAAAAUGUGUAUGAAAAUGUAUUACAUACAUGGUAUUUUUUAUUUCUGCACAGAAAUAUGAUACAAAGGCAGCUUUUGAAACUGCCCUUCACGUUAUCAAAGCGGAUGUUUUUCAUGUUCUCUCUUGUGAGCCGCCACCUGCCGCUCUUCCAAAAAUAC